CGGAGCCCCGGCGGUGGCAGCAGAAGCAGCACCAGAAGGUUCUUGCGCCCGUCUGAGCAACGUUUCUGGAAGAUUAAAGACACUCUUGGAUCUGCAGAAUAUUGGAAGGGAUUAAGUAUGUCCAAAAUAACUACAGAACUUCUGUUGGAAAGAGCAGUGCCCAAAUCUACAAGGCUACGAAAGAUCAAAACGCUGAACCUGUCCAAGUUGCAAAUAACUACAGAAGAUUUGGAGCCACAGUUAUUCUCUCAUCUCCGCCAUCUCCAGGAACUUGAUCUCUCUGACAAUCUCUUAGAACGGCUUCCUGACAAUCUCAGUUUGCCAAACCUCCGCAUCCUAAAUUGUAACAACAAUCACUUGGAAGAUGUGACAACCUUGCAGCAGUUUCCACAGCUGGAGGAGCUCACCUAUACCAACAAUGUAUACCUGACACCCAGUGAUGAUUAUAAGGUAAUAUUUCUUUUGCAAAAUCUCCGUCAGUUGAAUGGCAAAGACAUCACCAAGCUGGCCAAUCAUGUGAGAGUCGUCAACAGCCGAGAGCUGACUAAUAGAGUCUCUGCUCAUUGGGGGAAAAAUUUUCGGAACCAGAUGUCUAAAACACUGUCUCCUGAACAACUGAAGCCAAUUAGAAAAAAGUUCAUCAAGUCUGCACAAGCUCAUGUAGCAUAUGGUCCCAGCUCACUCAGCGAUUACACACGUUGGAGGGUGAAAAUGAUUGCUGAGGAAUUCCUGACUUCCUUGAUUAAUGAGGAACAUAAGCCUGCUACAGAAGCAGCGGAAUCAAUGGAGGAGCCAGAGGAGGAGGAGGAGGAGGAAGAAGAAGAGAAAGAAGAGGAGGGAGAAGAAGAGAAAGAAGAAAUUAAAAAAAAUACCACGGAUGCUGACAAUAAAGUUACUGCUAAGGGCCAAGUAACUCCCAGCAAAAGGAAAGGGGCUCGUUCCAAAGGAAGGGCAAAGAGCAAGAGAUCCCAUUCCCAAAGCAGCUCCAAGGAAGAAGCAUCACCCAGCCCCAAGAAGCUUAGCCGCUUGCAGGAUGAGCGCAGUACUGAGGCCACAAGAGUCUCUCGCCCACAGGCCAAGGAAUCCCAGACCCCUCCGGAUUCUGAUGGAGCCCAUCGGAAUGGAGGGCGGCUUCCAAAAGGACAAAGCCACAAAAAAGUCACUCAGCAGAAAGAAGAGCACAAAGAGGAAGAGGAGGAUGCUUGCAGCACCCCGGUGAAGGACUUGGAAUGCGAGGAGACAAUCACCCUGGAACCGGUCCAUUUUCUACAGUGUCACAGUAAGGCCAACAACAGGGAUGACUUCAAGACUCAGUUAUGGGCCUGUGUUUUUGAACCACCACUAGAUUGUGGGACGAGAAAAGACCCUGUGGUGAGCUCCUCUAGGACAGCAGCUACCUGUGGCGGAGAUUCUGUUUGUUUGGUUGACUGUGAAACAGGCAUUGUUUUGAAAAAGUACAAAGUGACAGGGGAGGAGUUUUACACUGUCACAUGGACAACUCUGACAAUGGUAACAAGUGAUGGGAGAAAGAAAAAACACAAUGUUUUGGCGGCGGCUGGGAGAAGAGGAAUCGUAAAGCUAAUUCAUGUGACUGCUGAUUAUUGUUAUGGAGAAAUCAAGGCUCACAAGAAACCCAUUGCUACUGCUUGCUUUAGUCCAACCUGUGAAACGCACCUUUUCACUGCGUCCUAUGACAAAAAAAUAUGUGCAUGGGAUAUUGGGAUUCCAGAUUGUGAUUAUAAUUUCAAAGAAAGGCAGCUGAUGGUACUGGAGACCAUUUCCACACCUUUACGUAUUGCCCUAGUGCCCUCUUGCCCAGAUCGGUUCUUGGUGGCUGGUUGCGAACAAGGCUGCUUUGCCUGGGAUAUUAGACUUGAUGAUAAGCCACAGAAAAACAGAGCUUUUGAAGUUGAAUUUCAGUUUCCAGAUGAUGAAGGGAAUGACACGUCUUCUCACCGGGUGGAUGGCCUAGCCUUUCUGAAUGAAGACAUUGUGGUUACCAAGAGUUCAAAGAGAGCAUCUAUAAACCUCUGGAGCUGGAGUCGCUCUUUCAAACAAGGCAAAGGUGGGCGGAGGACAGUGCAGGCUGUCAUUCUGGCUGAACUGGAAUGGUCUUCAACAGAUCUUCCUUACCUCACCCUCAGCACAUGCCCAACAGAAGAAUAUGUGUUCUGUGGUGAUGAGAAAGGAAGCAUCUGGAUGUAUGACCUCAGCAACCAUUUGUCAGCUCUUUGUGCCACCAAGGAAGAUUGUCCAACCGAGCGAAUAGGGCCUUCCCAGAUUCUAAAGUGGCCGGAAUUGAAGGCAAAUGGCGAGUUGCUGACAGAUGUCUUGGUGAAUAACGUGGUCACAGAUCCCACUUUCACAUAUCUAGUCGCGCUGACAGAUGUCAACAUUGCCGCAAUAUGGAAGAAAGUCUAGCCGUGUUGGCAACCCAGGAGCAACCCCAUUUUUUCAACCCCAUUUCAGUAGUGCAGUAUUUGUGACUGUUCUGAGAAUAAUCGGGUGGGAAUAGGGAUAGGGACGGGCAUUGAUGGGAUGAAAUUCAUAUAUAUAGAUAUAUAUAUAGAUAUAUCUCAACGCAAGAAAAUCAACCAAAGGUAUUGGCUGGAACUAUAUGAUGUUGCCAAUGCCGACAUCUCUUAACUGUGACUUUGCUUUAUUGGUGUCUUAAGUGUAUUUGUUUUAUAGGACAGUAUUUAAUAAAACUUGAUACAACAUAA